AUGAACGGCGAUACUUAUUCAUCAAGAGGCAUGGCACCUUCAACGACAAAACCUAAAAGGGAGGAGGGACCUACUACUGACAAAAAAGCAUCAACAGAUCGACAUGGUGGUUCAUCAAGAGAAUAUCAUUCUCGAGAUGAUCGACGUGGUGGUGAUAGAGAGCGACGACGCUCGCGCUCCCCGGGACACAGAGGCUCCAGAAAUCCUCGCCGGGAUGGAGAAUUAGAUACACGGGAUACUUACUCAACAAGUCGUGAAUACAGGGAGCGCGAACGUGAAGAUAGAUACUCUGGCAGGGAACGAAGAGGUGGCGGCGGCGAAAGAGAAUGGGACAGAGAUCGUGGAGCAGCAAGGCGAGAUGCUAGAAGGGACGAUGAUGAAAGACCGCCGCGCAGAGACAACAGAGAUCUAUUUGACGAAAGACGUGGUGGUGGUGGUGGUGGUGGCAGAAGGGGUGGUGAUCGAGGCGACCGAGGUGACCGAGGUGACCGAGGCGAUCGCGGAGAUCGUGGAGAUCGCGACGGAGGGUUUGCAGCUCAACGAGCCGCCAAACGAGAGAAGAGCGCAAGUCCUCCACCAAAGAAGAGGGAGCCUACACCAGAUUUGACGGACACUGUACCGAUUUUGGAGCGCAAGAGGAGAUUGACACAAUGGGAUAUUAAACCCCCAGGAUACGAGAAUGUUACUUCUGAGCAAGCUAAACUUUCCGGCAUGUUCCCACUUCCAGGAGCACCAAGACAACAACCAAUGGAUCCAAGCAAGUUACAAGCUUUCAUGGCACAGCCUAGCGGAUCGGUCACCAAUGCGGCUCUCAAGCCUUCUAAUUCCAGACAAUCGAAACGUCUUCUUGUCCACAACAUUUCCGCUGAUACUAAGGAAGAGACUCUUGUAGGUUUCUUCAACCUUCAGCUCAAUGGAUUGAAUGUUAUAGAAGGCUCCGAUCCUUGUAUCUCGGCACAAGUCUCAAAGGACGGCUCAUUUGCUUUACUCGAGUUUAAGGCACAAUCCGAUGCUACUGUCGCUUUAGCAUUGGACGGAAUCAUCAUGGAUAAUAUUGACCAUAUGAAAACAGAAGAUGGCGCCGCAGAUACCCCAGGUCUUACCAUUCGUCGUCCAAAGGAUUACAUUGUGCCAGCGGUUACUGAUGACACACCACCACUCGAGCCAGGUGUGGUUUCUAAUGCUGUCGCUGACACUCAAAAUAAAAUCAGCGUUGCCAAUAUUCCUCAAUACUUGAAUGACGAGCAAGUCACAGAGCUCCUGGUGUCCUUCGGAGAGCUAAAGGCAUUCGUAUUGGUCAAGGAUAGCAGUACAGAUGAAUCAAGGGGAAUCGCUUUCUGUGAAUACGCGGAUCCUGCCGCAACGGACAUUGCUGUCGAGGGACUUAAUGGUAUGGAGCUGGGUGACAAGCACCUUAAGGUCCAGAGAGCUAGCAUUGGUAACACCCAAGUUUCCGGUUUGGAGAUGAGCGUCAAUGCUAUGUCUAUGCUUGCUGGUACCACAUCACAAGAUCUUGAAAAUGGCCGAGUAUUGCAAUUACUCAACAUGGUGACUCCCGAAGAACUUAUCGAUAAUGAAGAUUAUGAGGAAAUCUGCGAAGAUGUGAAGGAAGAAUGCGAGAAAUAUGGCAAAGUCCUUGAUAUGAAGGUCCCAAGACCAACUGGUGGCAGUAGACAAUCAACUGGAGUUGGUAAGAUCUUUGUGAAGUUCGAUACUCCAGACUCAGCAGGUAAGGCUCUCAAGGCCCUCGCAGGCAGGAAAUUCGCAGACCGCACUGUCGUCACUACAUACUUCCCCGAGGAAAAUUUCGAAGUCAGCGCUUGGUAG